UGGACAUAUCAAUCAUAAAUAUGUUGACAUAGUCAUCUCACGACCUAAUAAAACAAUUGCCCUCGAGCUUUUAGCUACAGCAACAAAAAAAGAGCUCAAUGAACAUUACGAACGGGCACUCCUGUACGAUAAGAAACUACCUGCAGAUGAAACAUGGGUUAUUCAUUUCACCUGUGAAGAAAACGCCAUUUUAGAGCCGUACUGGCCAACCGAAUCUCAAUUACAAAAGGGCCUUCGAGUCGUACACUUUUGGCAUGACCUCGACUUUACAAAAGUUAGUAUGAUCGCAUGCUGGUGGGAUGUGAACAAUAAUACGAGGCAUGAUACUGAUGUUGAGGAAUUUGUG